AUGGGCAAUACAGAAGUAAUAACACGCAACAACUUCUUAAAAAAUACAGAAUGGAUGUGUAAAUCGAAGCCAGAUCCAUGGUCGAACACUGAGCCAGCUGAAUGGAGUCGCUACUCGGAUGUAGAAAAUCUUAUCAUCGAAAGAGCCUAUUCAAACGGUGAAGCACAAGCACUAUUAGAUGAAUAUUAUAUUGAUUUUAAAGCAAAUUUACAAAUAUCGACCUUUGAUGAAAAUCAGCAAAGGCCUGUAAAACGAAUGGUACGACAAAGAGAAGAUAAACACUUACGAGAAGAACGAUUUAUGGAUCUUCCUAUUAGUUCAAAACGAACAUACAGUGGUCAAUAUGGUUGGGUUUCAGCAUUUGUCAUCGAAGUUCGAAAAUAUUUAAAAUUGCAACCAGCUGACUUACCUUCGAAAAAACCAGAACUAAUCCCAAUACUUGUUGAAAGAGCUGCAGAAGGUAUUAUUCAAGAGGGUAAAUACCUUAAAAAAGAACAAGAAGGUAAAGAGUUAGCAAAUAUGUUAAGAGAACAAAAAGAUAAAAAAAUAGGCGAAGUAUGGAAAUGUUGUGCUUAUCUUUAUUCAUUAGAAAGCUUUCUCUAUAAAACAUUAAAUGCGACCAUGAGAUUAGUCGGAGACCAAGAACAAGAACAAGUUUGGAGAAGUAAAGUUUGUACAUUGGGUCCAUUUUGCUUAUUACUUUGGGAUGAUCCAUUGAAUAAAAAACCACAAACUAGUAAAACACUUUAUCGAGGAGCAAAUCUAACAUCAGCACAGAUUAGUAAUUAUGAACAAAUGAGCGAUGGUUUGAAUCAAUAUCAAUAUCAAUCAUUUCAAGCAUUUACGUCUUGUAGUCGAAAUCGUGAGAAAGCAGAAGAAUUUGGAAAUACUUUAUUUAUUAUGCAAGUAAAACUUGCUUUUACUGCUGAUUUAAGUGGAAUAUCUGAAUAUCCGGAAGAAGAAGAAGAACUUAUUACACCAGGUGUUUGUUUUCGUGUUACGAAAACUGAAUAUGAUUGCAAGAAAAAUAAACAUUUGAUUUAUUUACAAUUAAGACAACAAUAUUCUAGUAAGUGA